AUGCGCGAUGCUUUGGGCCGCCUCUCACUUACAUCCUUCUACUACUGGGAUUUGGUCUGGCACGUCGCCAGCUUCCAACGCCUGUACAUGGAAACCCUUGCGAUGGUUGACUGGUUCAAAACCUGGGAGGCUCGCCUCCUCGAACCUAACCGCCAGGUCUACCCCGUUGACGAGACUGUGAUGGGGGCCAUCACUGACAGUCUCGAGACGGCAGAGACUCUGUUUCGCAUUGGGGCGCCUGUUUGGCUGGUUCGUACCCCAGCCAAAAUACCUCCACAAAUCAACAUUUUGAAUGUACGCCCACCAAUGCCAAAAAGCAUUGCCACCCUCCGCAAUCGCCGUCCUUCUGAGGUGGACCCCCAUGAACUCUGUAUCGACGACUAUCCAGAACACCCCUUUCCCAACAUCACGACUGCAUCCCCUCGAAGCACUCUUUAUAUACAGGCAUGUCAGGCGCAUUUCGAAGGGUUUCUUGGGCCAGAGGAUCCAAAGCCGGUUGUGACGGAGCCACAAAGUGGCUUGUUAUCCGUAGAGCCAGGUGCAGGGCCCAGUCGAACAGACCGCGAUGUGGUUCGAGUGUCACCUUUUCUUGCUCAGACUGGUGGCUACCACUUUUAUGAUUAA